GAGAAGGUUUUAUAUUGCCUAGUCCGUGUUAAUAUACAGUGAAAAUAGGUAUGAAUGAGUGUAUUAUUAGGUACAAUAUUAGAUAAUUAAUUCUCAGCUGGUCGUAGCCCGUGGCGAUAAUAAAUUGUGUGCAAAACACAAAUAGAAAGCAGCUCCAUACAAUGGUCCGAUGUCCCACCCUCUGAGGGCAUUGCACGGCCACUGAUAUUCCCCCAGCAGUGUGCACCGAGGCGUACCGAUGCAUUUUUGGAUAGACAAACGCAGCCAGUGUGCCUACACCGGCCGCCAUCGCGUUCCAUCUUCCCUUUCUGCUGGGCGAGCGCGGGGUCGCGUGUGUGCGAGCGGGGGCGGGGGCGCGGGCCGCAAGGGCAUGGCGGCGCCCGUGCACCGCUUCGCCGCCGUCGACUGCCCGCCGCGCCGCCCGCACCGCUCCCACCGACAUGCCGGGCCUCCACCGAUGCCGGCAGUCCACGCGACGCGGCGGCAAAAUGACGAGCCGAGCUUGUACGUGGAGAUACCAGCCGAGCCCCCGCAGCCGACCAUCGCCAGUCUGGCAGCCGCCCGCUCCGUGACCCCCGACACCUUACUGCGCACCGCAGCCCUAGGCCUCCACCACUCGCCCAUGAUGGCUCCGCACCUCAAGUUCGGGAUGCUGGUCUCCUUCGCACUGGCUACUGUCUUCCUAGCCGGGGCGAAGUACUACUUUGAUCGGCAGGUGAGCGUGAUCCGUUCUGGCGGCGGGUCGGGGUCGGGCGGCGAGGCGAGCGUGGUGUGCGCGGCCGUGGCGUGCGUGUGCGGCGUGGGCUGCGCGCUGUCGCUGUGCCGCGCGCGCCCGCCGCCGCCGCUGCCGCCCGACCGCGUCUCCUCCACCGCGCAGCGCGACCGACACCCUCCACCAUCAGAACCAUCAGACGACAUAUCGCUGGCGACCCUUCUACAAUCCUCCGAGCGCUCGCAGCCAGUGACCGAGUCCCCUGAGGCGCCGCCCCCGUACAAGAUCGCAGUCCUGAUGCCCGGCCGCGACGCUAGCCCUCCGCCCCCUGCAUACAGCUCGCUCAGCUAGCUAGCGGCACCCGUGAGCCAGGAAUUCAUCAUAUAGACUGUGCAUGAGGGUAAGGUUAUAACUCAAUAGUUUAAAAAAGCACCAAUAAUUUAUAUAAACUUUUUACAGAAAUAAAAAUGUUUUAAAUUUUGCUUAAACAUUGGCAACACUGAACUUUUGUUUCAAAGUGUUGCCAGUUUAUUGUAGCUUUUUGAAAAUAAUGUGAUGUUUUGGUGAUACAGCUCAUUUUUGUCGUGAAAGCUUGGUAGUGGUUAUAUACCACCAUUUGAUAAAUUAAAUCAAUUUUAAGUGGCUUCCAUCGUUAUUAUAUUGUAUAAAUAUGAAGCCAAAUUUUGUCGUAAGUUCAGCAUAAAUUGCUCGGAUUGUUGAAUAUUAUAGGUGCAGUAUUUUGCAUUACAUGCUUGCAAAGUUUAGCAAUUUUAGAGUAAAGUGACCCUAACCUUACCCUAGUCUAUAUGUGAACGACAAAAUAUCCUGACUCACGAGUAUCACCAUAUACUAAUAUCACUGAAAUGAUCUUAAUACCUUCACGAUCACCUUUCGAAGUUCCCACCUUUUGCUAAGAUUCCAAUGUCCUUCCCUUUCUGAAUAAUGUUUAAAUUUUAGCACUGUGCAAUAACUAUAUGCAAGAAAUGAAAAGUUCUUUAUGUUUUUUUUGGAAAUGGCAACUUGUGUUUUGUAAGGCCCAGUACUUAAUAUUCAUGUCUUGCCAGUGUAAAAUAAACUGUAAUGUUAGCAGCUAUUUAUUUUUGAUGUCCAUAAAUAUCUUCUAUCUCUAUCUUCUUUCCCUGUUAGAAAGUAAGAGUAAACAUUUUAGUUUAGUCUGUGUCCAAUUAAAAUAUAGUUUCAAAGAUUUUAUGGGGAAUUUUAACAUUUAUUCUUAAGUAAGUUGGUCCUUAGAUAAUAAUUGUUGUUAUGAAAUUGGUACGAAAAAAGGGUAUGCGAAGCAAACUAUAUAGCCUUGCUUACUUCGCUGACAUAGGACGUAAGGUAGGAUAAAGAAAUAAUCUUAAAAUUCUCCAUAGAAUCACUUGGUUUACGACCAAAGAUCGAUGUUUAAGCCGUAAGUAUAUGUAUGUAUGUUAUAUGUUAAAAGCCUGACGGAAUAAGCUCUCUGCCGUAAUAGAUCUCGUAACUCAUUACAUAGUGUAGGACUUAUCAACUAUAAGUCGAUUUUAAAAUGUAAAUAACAAUAAAUGCGGUGUUCAAUAAUCGGCAGAAAUAUUGAAGAUAUUUUUAGAAUUGUCUCGAAACUAGUUUUGUAUGCCAUAUAACGAUAGAGAGAUAAUCUUAAACCCCAUUUUACUCUGUACAUGUUAGUAUAGUAUAGUUUAGUAUGUCUGUUUAUAUGUGCUCAUGUAAAUGCCUAGCGAUGUCUGAGUGUUACACCCAAUCUUGUGACUACGGCUAUACUUUUAAUAUUACCAAAUACUGUUAAAUCCUGCCAAUUUAUUCAGAUUGCUUGUAAACUUCAGACAUCUACUUUCAAUCAUUACAAUUUCAAUAGCACUUCAGUGCACUGCCAACUUAAAAUUGCUGAUAAGGGUUGCCAGAAACGGCAGUCAAGUUGCCAGAUUAAAAAAAUAUAUACGAUUGGUAGUUUUUUCGGAAAUUUUCAUGCACUUUUAAUAGGAUCUGUUCGGACACAUUUUAAUACAUUUUUUACAUUAGAAUGCUGAAUUCAAAUUAAAGGUCUGGCAACCCGUACUAAUUUAAAAUCGGCAGGACUUAUUAUAGUAUAAAUAAUGUGGCGAAUUGAUUACAUUGUAGCGGUGUUGUACUUCUUGUAUAUUUUGAUAUUAUUUGUUUAUUUAUAAUAAUAAAUUGCAUGGAGACCAGAAACUAUUUGACUGAGGUAGCGACGCACAAUGGGACGUAAUCGUUUGGGGUUCUGGUUCUCUAAAAAGAUUUUUAAAUAAUUUUGGGUAAAUUGAAAACUUUACACUAGGAUUUUCUCCUGUGUCGUGGGUGUGUUUACAGACAUACAAUUUCUCAUGCAUAUGUAUAUAAUAUUUAUAUAAAGGUUAGAAGGCAAUGUUGCUGAAUUAAUAAAAAAUAUAUAAGACUUUUAAAACAUUACCUGCUAUUAAGUUAAAUUAUUCGUAUUGACUUUAAAAUUCAAAGAUAUAAAGAAGUACAUCACCGUAGUAAUAAAGUUAAAAUAAUAAUGAAUAAUAACGUUAAGUAAGUCUAGUCAUUCGUUAGUUAUAAUAAAUGUGAUGUUAUUUAGUUGGACGUUAUACUAUGUUGGCGGUUGCAAUUAUUUUACAUUCGAGUAUCCUUUUUAUAGAAAAGGAGGUCAGUUCGUCUUUUAUAACAGACGCUUCGUUAUUAAAGAUUGUAUAUCUGUGA